GAUGACGUUUCUCAGUCGUGGCUUCGCAUUAUAAAUAGUAUGCCCAGUCCUUUUACCGAUGAGUAUUUGAAGUCCUUCCAUGGGACCACAGAGCAGUUCUCCUCUGAUCAACUUUCUAAAGAAGAGUUUUUAGAAACCCAUUGUCGUAAGGACUUUGUAUCUUUACUUGUAUUGUAACUGUUAUGUUUGGUUUUUUGAUUGCUUUGUUUGUUGUGCAGUUUCCGGAGAAGCUCUACGAGCGUUGAGGCGGUCUCCUCGCAAGAUGAUCAGUGAUGCUUUGAUGUCCAAACUUGCUCAGAGAGGUGCAUCCUCUAUGAUGGGGAAAGGAAUGGAGGUGACUGGUGACAAAGACUUUGAAGAGACCUCCAAACCCCGAACUGUUGCACCUAGUCACUCGGUAGAACUCAUAGAGGAAUCCUCUGGAAAAAUUGAGCCUGAAGUACCCGUUCGUGUAACUCGUCGGCGUUCCGGGAAGGAAACAGUAGAUGACACUCCUGUUGUGCAUAAGAAGAUAAGAUUGGUUAAGAAGUCGAGUGGUGGAGAAGUGUUGAAGCCUCAUCAAGGCUUGGUGGAACCCGAGAAGUCAGCUGAGGAUGAAGUGUAUUCUAUUGCUAAGACGGCUUCCAUUGCUAAGGAUCGCCUUGAUCAGUUUAUACUGGAGUUUGAUCGGCUAGUUGCCCUGAGUGCUAGAGGGUGUGCGGAGGCUGAGCUUGCUCGCCUUCGUCUCGAUGUUGCCGAUGCUGCGCGGCUUAAGGGAGAAGCUGAGAGGCGAUUGGCCAGUCUUGCCAAAAAGCAUGAUGAUUCAGCCAAGCUAGUGUCUAGGUUGCAGGAGCAGGUUGAGGAGCUGUCCACUGACAAGGAGUCUUUGAAUUCUCUGGUAGCUUCCUUCCAUUCCAUGGAAGCUGAUCAUAGAGCUGCUGUGGCCAAGAUUAACUUGGAGCACACUGCUGUUCUUGAAGAGUUGAAGCAGGAGAAGCGAGUGCUUGAGAAGGAAUUGGCCGAAGUGAGGGAUGCUUUGGAGAAGAGUUCAACUGAAGCCUUCAAGGCCUUAGAGAGUGGGUAUAACCUUUGUUGGAAUCGAGUUUCCGAAGCUGGGCUGGAUGUGAGCGCUCACACCUUUGAUCACCACUGCGCAGACGUUGCCCGGAGUCGUGGAGGAGAUGCCUGUUCCGCUAAGGGUGCUGGCUCGGCCUCUUGACUUAUCUCUGUUUUCUGUUUAUCAUGCCUGGGGAAUGCCCUAUAGGCUUUAUGUAUUUAACUUUAUCGUACCUUAUUACUUGCUUGGAUGUUGCUGGUUUGGAUGUUUGUUGCCGUUAUAUCGGCUGAAUCUGUUUGGAACCUUUGCUGCCUGUCGGCAUAAGUUAUGUGUAUUUUGGGUCCUCGUACAAGAUUUGAAGUAACGAAAUAUUUUUCGUAUCUGUUAUGCCUUCUCUAAAAAGAAUUUGCAUUGUCUGAUAUCUGUGUGUUUGAA